AUGAUUGAAAUCAUUUGUAACGAUCGGCUAGGCAAAAAGGUUCGCGUAAAGUGCAAUCCUUCUGAUACGGUUGGAGAACUAAAACAAUUGAUCUCUGCUCAAACCGGUACUGAUGCUUCAAAAAUCAUUUUAAAAAAAUGGUAA